UUCCAUUUACCUCUCCUUCUGUCUUCUCACUGUCUCUCUCCUCUGAACUUCUAGUUUCUUCUCGUUUCGCCUCCAGUAAGAAAUUCGAAUUCGAACCCUCUGUCUUCUCACUCUAGGUCUCUGUAUUCCCCAUUUCCUCCAUAUCCAUCUCCAUCGUCGUUUGCGGUGGUGGGUGACUUGAAGAAUUAUUUCUGGGCUUGCCACGGGAAGAAUUCAAGGAUUAUACGCAUCAUUCAUGAUCAAUUUGACCCAAAUCAGAUUUGUAUUAUUCCCUGCAAAAAUUAUGAGAUCGAAGACAGUUAUGCGAUCGAAGAACUGGAAAUGCUUGAUGGAUCCAUCGACUUCUAAGGCCCCCGAUAAAGGGGGGGGGGUCUGAAGUGAAGGGGAAGAACAAAACUAACAAGAAGGCAAAGCUACCUAAGAAGUCUGUAAAUGCGGUUGUUGAUAAUAGUAGUGAAGAAGACAAUGGUUUUGAUGAGCAGACUGAUGAAGAUACUUCAGAGGAGUCCUGCUCUCCCUCUGAGUUCAUGAAGAUGAUGAUGUUAUUCAAGAAGAGUAAGAAUAAAAGUCAGAAGAAGAAAAGGGCAAAGGGUGAAAUAACCGAAGGCCAAAAAGUUUUAAGCGAAGGGGCAGUGUUGAAGACCCAUCAUGAGAACAUCGGAAAGUACCCCAACAUUGUAUGCAAAUCUUUCUGCCAAGUUGCGAAAAAUUUUGAUCCAAGAUGACGCGCAUUAGUCAAACAAAUGGGGUUUGUAGGUCUCUUGGAAAUUGACAUGAAAAAUGUACCGAGGCAAUUUUGCUAUUGGUUGAUGACAAGAGUGAUUCCAGAUGGCACGAUGGUGUUUGGGGAUAGUGAGAUCUUACCCUUAGGUCCCACUCAAGUGAGGUCUAUAUUCGGGUUACCCAUGGGUGCUGAAAAAGUCUCUUUUGAUGUUGGUGAAAAUGAUGAGGAGAAGGUGGAGAAGAUGAGAAGGAUUUUUUUUAUCUUUAUGGUGUUGGUUCGAAAAAAAAAAACCAUUUCGUUGAAAUAUGCUUUAGAAGCAUUAUGUCCAUUGGAUGCAUCUGGUGAAGCAAUUCCCCUUGCAGAUGAAGUUAAUGAGCAAGAUUUCAUGGUAGCCUUUCUACUUGUCGCCCUUAGUAAAGUGGUUUGUACAACCACUAAUAAUUCAAACUUUCCGAAGUCACUCAUACCAGCAUUGACAAUGGCUACCGAGGCUAUCAACUCUGAUUAGUGUUCGUUGACGUUCGAGUGGCUAUGCGACACAGCUAACAGAUUUCAAAGGAAGUUUCAAAAAGAUGGUUAUAGGUCUUGCUAUGGGGGCAGUUUUUUGUUCAUUAUGAUUUAUUAUCUGGACCACUUGCAUCGAGAUCCUGUCAAGUGGGGCGUUUACCCGAGGGUGAAGGUAUGGAACUGUGGUGGGGUGAACGCAACUCUUCUUGAAGAUAAGGUGUCGAUCAAUGAGUAUGGCAAGCUUUUGGUCAUCGAUAUUGCUUAUGGGGAGGAACAUCCCCUUGUACCAAGAGAGACGGAACAUCCCUUUGGAAAGGUCAGCCAUGCUGGUAUUAAAAACAAGGCCCCAAUUUCAGGGGGUACGGAUCAGGCUUCCAUAGAUGAUGUUGUCGAGCGGGUAUUAGUUCAGUUGAGUACAAGGCUAGAACCAAUUGUUGAGGGUUUGAUUGGGAAAGCCUUUAGUGGAUUUUUGGGUAAGAUGACGGGUGGUAAUGACUAUCUGGCAACUGGAAGCCCCCACUGUGAAAAUGUUGGGAGUACUGGAAGACCAAGGGAACAAGUUAAUCCUACCAAAUACUUUGAUGGUAAUGAAUUUCUGGCCAACGGAAGAACUCACGGUGAAAAAGUUGGGAGUACUGGACCAAAGGAGCUAACAAAAAAGUUUGGUGUUGGUUAUUCUUUUGAUAAUAUGAACAAGUCACCACAUUUGGAGGAAGGACAUAGGCCACAAAAGCUUAGUCUCUUUGAAAAGAGGCUUCUCUGCAUUGUUCGAGGGUGGAAGGAGUUGAAAAAUGAUCAAGAGCCCGGUCCAAACUUAAUUCUUUGUGAUGGCAUAGAUACAUCUCAAAGGGAUUGUUAUCGAGUUGUUUCCCCGAGGUCUCGUGUUGGAGAUCAUUACGUUAGGAUGGCCGUUGUCUUGUAUACAAAAACUCGGGCAUCACAACAUACGAGGAAAAGGAUUAUGAUGGAUCCUUCGUAUGCGAAUUUUGUUAUGAUUGGUAAAGAUGAUCCUAAAGUGUUGGGGCAAAAGUAUGGGAAGACCUUCCUUGGCUAUCCUCUUUACCAAAUACAAAGUGUUUUUGUCCCUUUCCUUGAUACAUCCAAGAAAAAUGCAGAACACUGGUAUUGCUUAGCCUUGGAUUUAAAGGCAUAACUGGUGUGGAUGAUAGAUUCUUUUUUGUAAAAAGAUUCGUACUUAAAGCAUGAAAAGUUUCAUCUGCAGCUUGUAACCCGUUCGAUUCUCUCCUUCCUUUUAAUUUAAUCUAUGGUUUUCUGUUGGAAUUAUUUUUGUGACACAUGCACAAUUUCGUCACUUCAGAUGAAGGCCUUAGAGGAGUUGCUGCAUCUUAGUGAUCCCAUCACAUGGGAAGUGGGUAUAACUUCUACAUGGUUGAGGAGGACAUUUUUGGUACGACAAACGGACAAGUAAGUAUCUAUGAGUCAAAAGAAAAAGAUCUAAGGAAGAGUGUCAAGAGCAUGUAUUCCAGCCCUAUCUGUAGACUUUACUUGUGGUCAUCUUGCUAAUAGCUCUUGACUUCUACAUGGUUAUAGUACAUUGAAUUAAAUGACACUAGUGUAUGACUUCAUUUUUUUGAUGCAAUGAUUUAUUUUGUGAAUUGAAUCACUCAACUACCAUUUAUCUUGAUUGUGGAUGCCAAAAACUUAUUUGAAUUGGGGUUGGUUGAUUUUUAUUGACAAGUCAAAAUUGAUUUGAA